GCUGCGCGCGGAGAGAGAAGAGUUAACAGUGCAGUGCUGAGAAGGACGAAAGACCUCUUCGUUUUCCCUCGAAAUAUAUAUAUAGUGUGUAGUUGCAGAACUGUGGCGAUCAUCGUGUGGAGGCUGUGCUGUCGCGCGUUUCACCGACACACAGAGUGUAACAGUGUAACAAUUGCGACGCGUCGGUCUUUUACAUGAUGAAUCCUUCCAUCCUUGGCGUUUUAAACUAGCGCGCCUGCUACAUUCAUAAUCAUUGAUUGAUUGACUCACUUCGCUCAAGCUUUUCUCAGGAAUAACUUACAGUGCUGAGCUAUUUUUACGCUUGCUGUUCACCCGUUUGUACAGCUGGGUAAUUUUACCGGUGACGUAGAAAAAGUACCUUGCUGAACUAGGUAAAUUACUACACUGACUACUGACCUGCGGCUCUAACCACUGCGCCCCCAGCUGUCGGAGUUCGGGGGGGCGGGGGAGGGUCGUCAUGGAUCUGGACAUUCGACAGUGUCUCAAUAAGGCGGAAUCUCUAAGAGACGCCGACGCUCUCCACGCAGCGUAUGCUUUGAUUAAAGGAGGCACCAAAGGACCGUCCGCGGCCUCAGUGGACCAGACGUGCGUCUCCUCUGAACUGUACAUCCUGUGUGCGGAACAGGCCUUUCGGCUGGGAUUCCCAGAGAUGAGCAAAGAGUGCCUAAACAUGUACUUUAAAGGAAAACCUCCAGCGAAUCAAUUCCUGAUCAGGGCGUACCUGUGCGGCGGUCAGCUCACGUCUCUGCAGAGCUCUGGACGUGCGGGGGACAUUGAGAAAGUGGUGAUGUUCUUUCUGAAGGCUAUAGAGAUUUCUAAAGAACAACCAAGAUACCACUUUUUAGUGUUCAAUGCCUCUGUGCUCUACUUCCAAGCAAUCGGUCCCUUCCUGAGGCCAGGGACCAAGCAGCACCUUGUGUCCAGUCUGAUGCAAGUGGUGAAGGCGUUGGAGGACAUCAGGGAGGAGGACCUCAAGUGGAGGGCGCAGCUCAUGCUUCACCUGGUAGAAUGUCUGGUAGAUGCAGGGAGGAAGAAAGAAGCUGCCAGUUUUGCAAAGCUUACAUCAGACUUUGCUCAAGUCAAUACUCCGGACCUGUACCCCAGGAUUUUCUCGUUACAGGUACGCCACAAACUUCUCGAUGUGUCCAGAGCUCCGAAAAAAACUGAAACAAGCCCGACUUUGUCAGUUAUUUAUAAAAUUCAGAAACUCAAAUGUCGACUAGAAAGUGGAGAAGCGGGCGAAGAUGACGACAUAAAACUGAAAGAAAUCUUCCGCCUUCUGACAAGCAGCACGGAGAACUCGUCGUCCAUCCCUCUCACCGACCGAUGUGAGUUUUUGCUGGAGUUGGCUCAUCUGUCUCUGCUACUGAAGUGUAGCGCAGUUUCAGCAGGCUGUCUGAGAGAGCUGGAGACGAUGGGAAUUUCUGAUGCUGAAUGUCUUGUUAAGAUAGAAUGCUUGAAAUGUGAGUUAGACCUUCAUAAACGGGGGUCUAAACUGCAGGGAUACGCCAAAGGUGAUGUGGAGGCGCAGCUGAAGAUGGUCAAGAGGCUGGAUCAUUCCCUGCAGAGUGCGGUGCGGGGGGGCGGCCGCUCUCUCAUACAGGCGGUGUGUGCGACGCUCUGGAACGCGUGUCUGCCUCUCCUCCAGCUAAACCUCAGGAAGAGCAUCAAGGGCCAGCUGGUCCGAAUGGCCCAAGCGCUGGAAGAGUCUCGCAGCCUGCUGCUGGAGAUGCGCUUUCAGGUUCACAAUGAGAUCAGCGAGAUGGAGGUUGAGGAGGAUCAUCUGGAAUGUGCCAUAGAGCACCUGGAGAAGGCCAUGCGUCUGGACGAGGAGGGUAUGCACCGCGAGCGCCUCUCCGCAAGCCUGCGCCAGCUCCGGGCGCGUCGCUCGCUGUACGAGAUGCCAGACAGGGCGGAGGACAGGGCCGCCUUGCUUAUUGAACAGGCAAAGCGUGGAAGCCCAAAAAAUGACGUGAAGAAGAUUAGGUCCUUGCUCAUUAAUGCAGGUAAAGCGUUGGCCCCUGAUGCAUUUCAGGUGCUCCUGGAAGCUGACGUUGAAGCCAAAGGGAAACGUGAAGAAAGUGUGGUCGACCAGCUCGCCAGUAAAGCUCGGCAUCACACCACGUGUCUGAAGGCAGCAGAUCGACAUCUGAAACAACAAGGAAGCGCUAACGAUAGCGAGAGGCUGAGGCUAUGGGCGGUGCUGGCGAAGACGGCCCGUAAACGGGGGCUCUGGGACGUGUGCAGGGCGGCCUGCAGGUUCUGUCUGCUCUAUGACGAUGGGCGCUGGAACUUGUCCGCAGUCAAUGGUGAAGAGAAGAAGGAAGAGGGCCCAGCGGAGGACGCAGAGACCCAGCAGUCCGCGGGGACUCCGACUCGCACCGUAGAGCGGGACUUGAUCGUACUGCUGGCCGAGAUUCAUUUCGUAAAUGCUGAGGCCGCUAUACAGAAGCUGCGUUCGGAGGGUGUGAAUUUCAACCAGGAGCCGUCACCACCCGAGGACAGAAGGAAAGAUGUCCCACCGGAGGAAGAUCCACAGUGGACCAUCUACAGGGAGUGGGCCCUGGAGAUGUCUGCUCAGGCCACGAUCAGCUUCCUGCGGGCGGCAGAGCUGGGUGCAGAGAUCCGGGAGCAGUGGAUCAUCUCCAAUGCAGCUGUGUACCUGUGGAACUACAACAAACACAUCCUGGCCGCAGGGGGGCAGUGCCAGCUGUUAGCCCCAUUUCAGAAAUUAAUUGACAUUAUGAAGCUGGUGGGACACACCAGUGAGAUGGUACUGCAGGUUCUGCUGUGUAACACAGUGGCCCAAAUCCUGAUCCCAUCGCCAAGUCCUCCUGCCAACAGGGUGACCCAGGAGAAAGAGGAAAACAAGAAGCCCCCACCUCCUGAGAGAGGCAAGAAAGGAGCAGGGAAGAGAGUGGAGAGCGUUCAGAGCAUCUCCAUGGAUCCUGCUACUGUUCAAGAGGGCAAGAAGGUGCUGGAGUUGUGCGACUACGCCUUCCACCUCACCAGCAGCACCGACGGGGGAAAGGCAGUUACGCUUGCCGCACGGAAGCAAGUCAUCGGCACCUGGGUCCAGAUCAAGCAAGUCCUGCAGCAGCAGCUCGGACCGAACCCUGACGUUGACGAGGAGUGUACAGAUGACACAGUAAUGGCCAUGACACGUGUGCUGGUUGCUAUCGAAGUGUUACUGAGUAAAAGUAACUCUGGUGUCAUGGAAUCUUCUCUUCCCACUCUGUCAGAGCUGGUCACAAUGGCAUCAGAGUGCAGAUGGACAGACCCCACAGUGGAGCUGCACACAUGGACUCACCUGCUGCAUUUUGCCCAUGUGGCCCAGGACCACGAUUUGAUCAUGAGCUGCUCCCAGAAGGCCCUGCAGUGCGAGGAUGCCGCAUUAAAGAGGGUGAAGAUGAGUACAUGUGCUCUAUACAGUGAUGAAAACGUCCAGCAAAUGCUCAGCAGUGUGAUGUGUAUGAGGGGCCAGAGUCUGCUGCACAAGUCCAAUGGGCAUCCUGUGAAGUACAGGGCCGCUCUGAGCACGCUGCUCUGCGCUGUCAGUUAUGCAGAAAAGGCCGGAAGCCACACUCUGUGUAUGGCGGCUGCUGGCCACUAUUGGAAUGCCUGCCUGCCUUUGGCAGAGACGGCCCAGGGCAGACAGGAGCUCAGGGCCCCUGUGGAGGCCAUCCUCAGAGCCAUAGCCAGCAUCAGUACCAGCAUCAGCACCAGCAUCAGCACCAAAGACAACAGAUCACCUGUGCAAACACAACUGGUUCUGGAGCAGCCGUCUGAGACAGUGACGACACAGGCUCAGGAAGAUGCGCAUGAAGACCUCACUCUACGAGCAGCAUUGGUCAGCUUACUGUUCCAGAUCCACGCCGACCGGGGCGACUGGAAGACCGGGCUGCUGGUGCUGGACGAGGCCCUAAGGGACAUUCCGCAGUCCAGGCACAGGCUGCUCCUCCUUGAGCAGCGCGUCCAGGCCAAGGCGAGGCUCAGCCAGAGCAUCACGACAGACAUGAAGAAGUUCUGUGACGAGGGCGAGGAGCGCCUCGCCUCCAUAUGGCACUGCGCCGCCCGCUGUAGCACCGACGUGGCCCGGCAGCUCACCUGCUAUCAGAACGCCAUCGCAUGCCUGCAGACACCUGAGUGCAAGUGGCAGAAGGUAGAAUACCUGCUGGAGUUCGGAGAGUGGCUGCACUGCAACCACUUCCCCGCCACGGACGCCCUUCACCAGGUCCAGUGGGCCAUCGACCUGCUCUUGUACGCGCCGGCCGAGGAGAAGGAGAGCGUCGAAAAACCCGGAUCCAGCUCUGGCCGACCGAGGACUAAAGAGGCUGGAAGAGUAAAAAUUCACCAUGCAGAAUUGCUGAGCGAAGAGACAGCCCGGAGACCCGUCAAGUGUCAGUCGCAGAUCGGAGUGCAGGGCGCAGUGUCCAGUCCGUCUCCGCGUGACCUGAAGGAUGUGAAGCAGCUGGAUGGACUGGUUAGAGCCCACACGCUGCUGGCCACCAUGGUGGACAGGGCCUCCAGCCAUUACCGCCAGCACUGUCUCCUGGCCUACAACUACGUUCUGCAGAUGUGGGAGGUGUCUUUGGCGACUGUGAAUGAACUUGCCAAAGAAAUAGGGAAGGAUCCCAUUCUUCCUUCAAAGUCCUCACCAUCAGCUCCAACAAAGAAGGACAAAGGAAAAAAGUCAAAAGAGCACCCGUCACCCGUACCGCCGCCAGCUGAAGAGAAGCCCAAGCAGAAAGUGAUCGUUCAUGUUGUGCCAUCCAGCUCAGAGGAGUGGGCUCAGUAUGACUGUCCUAAGCUGGUCAGGCAGACGUUCAGGUCUGACAAAAGUCUUCAUUCCAUCAACAAGCACAGCAUCGCCAAUCAGACACAAAGUGUUUUCUUCCUGGAACUCCUGGUGAAAGAGCUGCAAUCCUCAGCACUGACGCACCUUACUCUACCAGUCCUGCAUCUUGCAGAAGUCAUUUCUCGUGACUUGAUGGACAACAAGAGUCUCUCAGAUUUGUAUCGUCUCAGGAUUGCAAAGUGCUGCACUAUGUUAGGCCUGACCACAUCAGCAGCGUACCAUGAGAAGUGUGUCGGUUCAAAAUUCAUAUAUGAGGAUGAACAAAUAGCGUGUCGGAAAGCUGUCUUUCAUACGAAGAAGAAAGUAUUUCCGAUGUGCCCUGACGGCAAACAUCCGGACAGGGAUCCACUUCAGCCUUUGACUAGUCAUGCCACUGUGAAUUUGAGGAGUGUCAGGGGACCUUGUACUCAGCACAUUUGGAUUGACAAGGCCGCGUUAUGCCUUAGUGUGGGUUUGUACCAGACGGCCAGAAUCCUGCUGGCAGAGGCCAACUUGGUUGCUAAGGAGUUGGGAGACCACGCUGCAGAGGCGAAGAGCCUUUACCUCCUCGCUGUGCUGGCGAAUCAGGAGCAGAAACACAAGGAGGCCUUGGCCCUGUUGGAAGCAGCUCAGGCCAUCAGCGGUGAUGAGGACUUCUGGUUCAACCUAUCCAUGUGUCUGGCAAAAGCCCUGGGGGGCUUAGGUGGUCCGGAGAACCAUUCUCAGGCAUGUUUGGUGUUGAAGCACACUAGCAAUGUUCUGAAAUCACUUCUGGAUGAGAGGCAGAACAGAAAUCAAGUUUUAAAAUUCCAGAUUGCUUCGCUGGAGACCAGAAGAGCGGUUUUACGGGUGCAGUCGGUCAGUGUCCGUCACCCUGGCGAUAGUCUGGACACCGGCUCUAGGAAGACCUUAAUGGAGAGCUGUGACAUUCUGCAGCAAAGCAGCAAUGAGUUCCUCACCCUUGGACACAGAGAGGAGGAGGCAGAAGCUGCUCUUCAGCAUGCAGACAUUCUGAGAAUCGUUGCGAAACGCACCGAAGACCCGGAGCUACGACGGCGCCACUCGCUGGACGCGUACCUCUCGAUGCACAAGGCCGUGUCUGUGCAGGAGGAGGUGUCCCUCUACGCUCAGAGUCUGCCUCCCCUUCAGGAGAGUCGCUCCGUGAGCCUGCCUGCGACGAGGAGGCUCACGCGCUUCAGGUUGGCUCUCUCAGGCCUGGCGCUCGACAUGUUGGAGCAGCUCUGCGUGGAAGAGAGGCAGCGAAUGCUGGCAGAGGACUCGAAAAGCUCGGUGCAGAGAACGCUGGAAGACUUCUUGCGGACCACCCCUGAUGUGACAUCUGUGGAACAUGAGUGGCUCAGCACAAGCAGGACCCUGGGACAGGUGGCACAGGCCCAGCUGGAAACUGUUACUAGUCUCUCUGUGAAUGACGUGGAAACUCGAGCCAAGGCCCUGUGCAUGCUGGGGAGAUGCCUCCAACUGCUGGCGCUCCAGAAGGACCCCUUGUAUCUUUCUUCUAACUGGAACCCCCAACUGACGCCUGAGGUCAACUGUGAACAGAAGCCAAUGAGUCCUGUGGGAAAAUGUGAGGACCUUGGUGUGAAAAAAGUGAAAAAGCAGUUAUCCGGAGCUGCUGAGAUGCAGAAAAGACGCAGCGAUGCUCAGAGGCUGUUGGCCCAGGCGAGUGAGACGCUUGCCCAGGCUAUCGGCUUGUCUCUCCAGCACAAACUUACCCGCAUCCUGGCGGAUGCCAGCCGUAAUAUGUUGGAAUGCUAUGGCCAGUUCGAUCUGAGCUCUGCUGGUCAAUAUCUGGCUCUGUACCAGAGCUGCUGCGCUUCCGCUGUGAUGAGCGAAGUGUUGCGACGCGCCUGUGCUGACACCGCUGCCUCCCAGCUGGCUGCGUUGCUCAAUGUGCAGAGCAACCUGGAUGCCAUGAAGGAGGAGGGAGCUGGCAGGCUGCUCAAGCGCGUCGAGGACACCUUGCUGAACGUGUCAAAGGCCUUCCGAAACCAGAGCAUCAGCCCAAACCACCUCAAUAUUUUGAAUGAGUUGCCUCCUAUUUUUAAGAUCCUGCUGCUCCAGCACACGGAGGAUGGAUGUCUUCUGUAUGGCGCUUUUUUUGAGAAAACAAAGUCAAAUGAACGUCAAAAGGGAAAGACCGGUACGCUGGCCUGCAGCGCGGUGGCCAGGGUCCCCGUGAACCCCGAGGCCUUCUCCAGGCUGCUGUCCAGAGCGAGCUCCUUCAAGCAGGAGACCAUGCAGCAUCUGCUCAAGGAGCGGUACAAGCAAGCGGCCGUGGUGCCGGAGCUCGCCGCAGCUCCAGCCUCCGUGAAUAUUACAAGCGCAAAAACUGCACCUCAUUUUAAGUCCAUUCUAGAGCAAAUGGAGGACUAUUUGCAGCCCGUUCUUUCGCAGUUAGACUUUCCGUGUUCGAGACUGGAGACUCCAUCGAUCUCCGUCCCGGACUCCACCAGGAUUAAAGACAAGGAGGAGAAAUCGGGCCCCGACAGAGGUCCACCUGGAGAUCUGAAGGAGUACGUGGUCCUGCUGGUGGAUGAGGAGCUGAUGACACUUCCCCUGGAGGCACUCGGUAUCCUGCAGGGCGAGAACGUCGGCUCUGUGUCCCGGGAUUUUUCCUUGCAGUUUCUCCACAACCGCCUGAGCAAGACAGAGACCGUUGAAAGCGACAACAAAAAGGAGGGAAAAGGUGGAAAGGCAGCGAAAGGGAAAGGAGAUCAAGGCCAGUCCAUGAAACUGCAAGUAAAUCGAGUUGUACCACCAGAAGGCCUCCCUGUUGACACCCACAGCUUUAAAUAUGUUAUAGAUCCUUACAAUGAAGCUGGUUUUUCGGUGGGCAGUCCUGUGGAAGGAAUGAGGCACAUCCUGGAGAAGUACAGCCAGCAGUUCACCGCUCUCUGGGAGGGCUGCACGGGCUCCGAGUACACCCCAAGCCUUGCCCAGCUACAGCAGUGGUUAACAAGUGCGAGUGGUUUCAUAUUCAGCGGACUGGAGCAUUUUCUAGCCAUUGUUCCACCUUCCAAGCUUGUUGGCCUCAACGUUUCAGACUGCCAGAUGGUCAUCCUCCUCGACCUUGUUCAGAGCUGCGAUAGUGCAGUCAGGCAGUCAAGGAGAGAUGAGCAGAAGAGUGCAGGACAGCUGUCCCUGGAGAGGCCUGUGGAGACGGCGCUUCUGCUCAGUCUCAGUGGAGUCCGGGCCGUCGUGCUCAACCAGUGGCACACAACCCUCCAAAGCAACACGCGCCACUUGGAAAGGCUCGUGGAGAACCUCCUGAAAGCUGCAAUGACUUCAGGGCAGGCUGUCCAUGCGCUUCGAAGAGGUGGAACCCAGAGCUCUCCACUCGGAGGAGCUAUGAAGUCAGCAAGCCUCAGAGCCGAUAAGUCUUAUGGCCCUCCCGACGCCCAUACGGAAGGAAGUUCUCAUGGCGAUCAAGAAAAUGUCUCUCCAUCACCCUUGGCUUUCAACAGUGUCAUUUAUGGGCUCCCCCAUUUAGUUAUUACAUGAUGUACCUUUAUUCCUCACAUAGCCUUUGUGAUUAUUUUAGGCCCAAUUAGCCAGAAAGAAAGAUCACCCAGAAUAUUUCAUCCUUUCCAGCCUUCUUGGAUCCCAGUGGGCCUAAGACAGCUCAGCGCUUCAUCCAUGAGUUCAGUCGAACGGAAUAACUUUUUGCUAUUUGGAGAAGUCACUCCUAGCCUCUUAAUGUUGUUUUUGUUUUCUCAGAAGUUUCAUUACAUUGCUUUCAAAUUGUUUAUGUUCAGACUUUGUAGGUACGGUGUUUACUUGUGCAUAUUCAGUGUAUACUUUACUUUGGAAUAGAGGAAACAUUUUGCUGCUUUAAAUUAGCCAAAGGCAUAUCGUAGUACAUCUUCUUUUUCCCUUCCGUUCUUUAGCCUGCGACAAGGUUCGAAAUUACUUUUUGUGCUUUUGCUUUUACCUUGGAGGCACUUUACAAUAUAGCCACAGGUUGAGCAGAGUUUUCCCUUCACCCUUGCUGAAUAGUGGGUUUCUGCUGCUUAGUGAUAUUUAAGAAAUGUUCUAGUAUGUGUUCUCUUAAUGUGUGUAGCCUUAAUAUUAUACUCCGUGUUACUGUCUGGUUUCUCGUCUGUCUGCUGAGUGUGUUAUGUGUCAUUGCAUAGUCUGUCGUCUGUGCUGGUUUGGUGCAGGACCACAAAGUAAUUACCAGCUCGUGCUAAUUUGCAGCGCCUGCCUAGAAAGGGUUAAAGAGAUUAUAAUUCAACUUUCAGUAAAUUUACAUUUAUUCCCAGUGACAAAAGUUGUGUUGUUUGAAAUAUGUGUGCACAUUACAUACGGAAGUACAUAAAUUAUCUUGGACCAGUUGUGAGCCAUUGCACUCGGGUGGCAUGUAAGCGCUCGAGAGAUGGGCAGGUGCGCCGUUUAAAAAAAGUUUGCAGUCGUUGCACAGACACCACCUUUAUUGCUAUUCACACCCAUCCCUCCCUAAUAAUUAUACCCGUCCUUCUGCUCUAUUCAAGGAAUGUCCUUCGAGAGAGCAGUUUUUGCCUGAACGCAGGGGUCAAUAACAGUCCAUGACAAACACUAAUGCAGUACAUAAAGUAUAUAGAGUACGCAAGCCUAAAGCAUUCUCAGAUUUCUUGUCCUUCAAAACGGUAUGGAUUCAGUGUUCAGGUGUUCAGUGCUACUGUCCUUCAUAAUUUUUAUCUACCUGCGUAUUUCUGUAAUAAUCA